AUGUAUUUGAUUGCAAAUUUUUAUCGUUCAAAACAACCUAUUGAGGUUGACCUCUUUUUCAUUGCAGACACAAGGCAAGUACAACCAUCUCCACCAUGGUCCUACGACCAGCCCUACCAGUACUUGGGCUCCAUUGCCACCCCCUCCGUGCACCCCGCCACGCCAAUAUCACCUGGCAGGGCCAGUGGCAUGACAUCCCUCAGUGCAGAGCUUUCAAGCCGGCUGUCAGGUGCUACGGAAUUGACUGCAUUCAGUGACCCCCGGGUGGGAAUCGACCGCUCCUUCUCCGCGCUCCCCUCCAUCUCCGACCCUCGGAUGCACUACCCAGGAGCAUUUACCUACACGCCAACGCCUGUCAGUUCAGGGAUAGGAAUUGGUAUGUCUGCCAUGUCCACAGCGACAAGAUACCACACUUACCUCCCGCCUCCCUACCCCGGCUCGUCACAGGCCCAAGGCAGCCCGUUCCAGACCAGCUCACCCUCCUACCACCUCUACUAUGGAACCUCUGCCGGCUCCUAUCAGUUCUCCAUGAUCUCAGGGGGAGACCGGUCCCCGCCACGCAUCCACCCCCCCUGCACCAACGCCUCCACAGGAUCUACACUCCUCAAUCCCAACCUCCCCAACCAAAGCGAUGUGGUCGAGGCAGAAGGGAGCCACAGCAACUCCCCCACUAACAUGGCAACUACAGCGAGGCUAGAGGAAGCAGUGUGGCGACCAUACUGAAUAAAUUUUAAGUAGUUAUGGGCCAGGACUAAUGUGCUUUCCAUUUCCCAGUGCCCGUAGGUAUCCCAUAAACACCUGUCUGGCUUAUGGGCCCUGCCAUGUUCAUACAUCACUUUGAGAAGAAAACCCUCCAGAAGCCAGUACUCCCAGGAGUGGUGGCAUGUAUUAGCCAGCCCCUGGCAAAGCGACGUCGCUCCAGCAAAGCAUCCCUUGCCGGGCGCUGAGCUUCUGGAAAGGAGGACGCCUGAGUUGGUGGUCCGGAGGUAGCAAGGGUGGGUAGAAAAGUACCCAGUUUGAUUCCAGGCCUGUGGCUUUCUAACAUGCCUGGGCUUGAAGGUCUCCACAGCCCUAAAGAAAGUUUCAGUUCACUUCUAUUUUUAAGAGUCAAAACUUUAAAAAAAUCUUAGUGAGUUUACUGCAUCUUAUGGACAUAUUAACUGUAAGGAAGUAUAGGAAGAUUCCCAGAGGGAAACUGUGAA